AUGACCUCCCGGAUCGAGAAGACCAUUGCUCGUCAGCAAGAAAAAAUUGCCGCCGGCGCAUACUACGAAGCCCACCAGCAGCUUCGCGUCAUCGCUGCGCGUUACCUCAAACAGUCGGAUUAUGAUGCCGCGGCCGAAAUCUUAACGGGCGGAGCCAAAGCUCUCCUCAGAGCAGGGUCCCAGCAAGGUGCAUCUGCCAGUGGUGGAGAUCUCGCUAUCAUGUUGGUCGUGGACGUGUACAAGAAGGCCCAGUGGGAGAUCAGUGACGACGAUGAUGCUGCGUCGAGGGCGCGGAAGAAGCGCCUUAUCGAAUUGUUACGCGAGUUCCCUCCGGAAGAGCCAUCGCGAAAACGAUUUAUAAACGAGAUGAUUGCUUGGAGCUCGCGAUUUGGUCCUACGGAGAGAGGAGAUCCCGAGCUACAUCACGCUGCUGGAUCGGUGUACGCUGAAGAGAAUGAACCAUACGACGCAGAGAAGCAUCUAGCAUUCGGGACUACAGAAUCCGCGGAGACUCUUGCGAAGAUGGAAUUCGAGUGGUAUACGAACGAUGAGUCGCACACGGCGCCUAUCUACGCAUCUCGCGCCGUCUUCCCCUUCCUUCUGGCCGGCAACCUGCGCAACGCCAACAAGGCGUUUCUCGUCUUCACGUCGCGGCUUUCCUCCUCGAAUCCCGAUCUUGUUUCGCAGGACGUCAGCAGUGCCAGUUCCGACGUUCGGGUGUACCCCUCGCUGCCGUUGCUGAACUUCAUCAGCCUGCUGCUUCUCGCCAUCCAGCGUGGUAGCCCCGAUCUUUUCCGGGACCUGACCAAGCAAUAUGCGGCGCAAAUCCAAGAGAUCGGGAUCUGGGACGACGCUUUGGCCCGGAUUGGAGAGAUCUACUUCGGCAUUCAGGUCCCGAGACAAGGCAACCCACUGCUGGAGAUGAUGGGCAAUAUGCUGUUUGGUGGUGGCCAGGGAGGUGCUUCCAGGCCGGGAGGGUCGACUAGGGCCCCGUCAAAGAAGGUCGAAGCGCCGCCAUCCAGUAUGGAACUUGACUGA